AUGUUUAUGUGUUCGACACUGCUGCCUCCACCGCCUCCUCCACCAGCAUUUACGGCACCCCAGCCACCUCCGGCACCAAGCAUGCUCCCCGUCCAACCAGUUCCACCCUUCCUUCAACAUGCAACAUCGACAGGUGUGCCGAAGCCUCCGAUCCCAGUGCCGCCUCCAAUCAAUGCUUCAGGGCAGUUUCUAGUGCCAUCUCCCUCCGUUUCACCAGCACUGCCUUCUUCAUUUCCGCCAAUAUGUACAGCUUUGCCGCCACCACCACCUGCGCCUGUGCCGCCAGAGUUUCCUGUGACACCGCAACCACCCUCUUUUGGUAGAAGCGUAAAUGUCAUGAAGCACGACGGUGGUACUGAUAUUGAUAAUAGCGACGAUUACGACAAUGCACAGUAUGAAGCACAUCCUGAUGACGACGGUGAUGACGAUAUCAAUAAUAGUGUUGCUGUCAGUUUUUUUUUUGGUUUUUCGAUUUUUUUUUUUUCGAAUUUGGCCCUAAAAGAAGCGAAUAAAAAAUGGCGAUGA